GCCAGUCAAAACUUAGCAUCUAAGAAGAUAAAUAAUAAUAACUACAAGAGCACCAAUCAUAACGUUAUUUACAAUAAUCAGUAUUAUUUGCCUCCUAGUACAACUGUGAUUCAGCAAAAUUUGAGUAAAUCCUACAAAUAUUACAAUAAUCAGCGUUUGGCGGAUGACUUUGAUGCGGUAAACGGUUACGAGACGUCGCCGUUGCCGAGGAAGAAAAUGCAGCACGAGGAAAUUGUCUUUGAGGGAAGUCAAUUAGUAGCGCAUGACACGAGCAACAUGAAUAACGAUCCAGAAAACGGUCAAAAUAGCAAUAGGCAAACGAAUGAGAGGGAUGCGAAUAACGGGAAUGGCGGAUGGCAAUUGCAUCAGUCGUCGCAUUCAACACAGAUCGUUGCUGCUCUCGCUGUAAGUUUAGGCCCCUUAGCUGCUGGCUUGGGCAAGGGAUAUGCGAGUCCCGCACUCGCCAGUCUCGAAGAUUCGAUGCACAUCACACGCGAAUUCGCCGUAACCAACCAAGAGCUGAGCUGGCUCGCAAGUUUAUCGCUGUUGGGUGCCCUUUUUGGUGGCAUGUUCGGCGGAAUUUCCAUGCAAUACGGCAGAAAACGAACCUUAGCACUUAUGUCCUUGCCCUUUUCCGCCACAUGGAUCUUGACAAUGUUCGCGCAGUCCGUAGGCCACAUGUACAUUACGGUAUUUAUGAGCGGUUUUUGUUGCGCCAUUGUCUCGAGUUGCGUUCAAGUGUACAUCAGUGAGAUCGCGUCGCCCGAAAUUCGCGGGUUUUUAAGUGCGGUACAGAAAAUGGCGCAACAUGUGGGUGUGCUGAUCGCAUAUUUGCUAGGAUCUGUGCUAGAUUGGCGACAAUUGGCGUUGUUUGUGAGCGUGGCACCGAUGAUGUUGUUCGUUACGGUGAUUUAUAUUCCGGAGACGCCGUCGUAUCUCGUGCUGAAAGGCAGAGACGAGGAAGCAUAUCGAGCUUUACAGUGGCUACGACCACACAAGAAUGUCGAGAUUGAACUUGAAACAAUCCGAUCGAAUAUUCGGCUAUCAAAAACGAAUUUAGGUCAUCAGCAUUUAUCAACAGCUACCAUUAACGGCAGCACAACGAAGACCAACAACAAUGAGCCACGUGCAACCACGACGAUAGGAGGCACGACACAGCAACAACGCAGCACCGCCGCGACAAAACUCAAGAAUUUCACGACGCAAAUUAGUGUCGCCACGCAAACCGCCAUUCAGGGAUUGUACAUACGAUUUAGGGAUCUCUCGUUCGAGACGCUGUACAGUAAUGCGAAAGCGGUGCUCCGUAAUGCGCGACUUAUUAAGCCAGUGACAAUCACGUGCGGGCUCAUGAUCGUUCAACGAUUCACGGGCGCCAGUAGUUUCGGAUUUUACUCCGUGCGCAUCUUCAAGAAGACUUUUGCGAAUUUUAGUCCGCAUACGGGCUCGAUUGCUGUUGGUUUCGUGCAGCUGUUGGCGUCGAUGUUGUCCGGACUGCUAAUCGAUACCGUGGGACGUAUUCCCUUGCUCAUCACAAGUAGUGUCUUUAUGACGUUGGCACUCGCUUCCUUUGGGUCGUACUCGUAUUACGAGGAAACGAACAAACAAAUUGCCGAUGCGCUUGACGGGACCACAGCAGUGGGUGUGAGUAGCGAUUGGAUUCCGUUGUUGUGCGUUUUGGUCUUUACUGUCGCCUUUGCGCUUGGCAUUCAACCGAUUUCAUGGCUGCUCGUCGGGGAGCUGUUCCCGUUGGAAUAUCGCAAUGUCGGAAGUGCGAUCGCGACGAGCUUCAGUUACUUUUGUGCAUUUAUCGGAGUGAAAACUUACGUCGAUCUUGAGGAACUCCUUGGAUUGUACGGAACCUUUUGGCUGUAUGCUACGGUAUCAUGUAUUGGCCUCUUUUUCGUCGUAAUGAUUGUGCCGGAAACGAAAGGACGCGAUCUCGACGAGAUGGAUCCCCGUUUCGUGCGAACACUGACAAUAAAUAGAUGAAUCGUGGGGAACCACGUAGAAUAUUUAGUAUAGUAUUUAAAGCUCUUAGGGCCCAUUUUAAUUGUUUUC